AUGAGUGCUGCUACUGCUAAGUUUUUGUACUUGGCUCUACUUCUGUGGGGUACUUUUUGUGCUUCGAUGAGUGGUUUUAGUCAUGGGAUGUACGUUGAUGGUAGAAGUUAUGCUGAUCCUAAUCGAUGGAGGUCUGGUGAUGAUAAUUAUUGUUCGUAUGCAAGUUGGAGGGGUUGUGGCAGUUUCUUUGGAAAAGGUGGUAGCGAUUCUAAGAACAAUGAGGACAAUGUAGAAGUUCCUAUUCCCAGUGGAGGUGUUGGUAGGGGUUAUGGACAAGGUAAGGGGUAUGGUGAAAGUGAAGGAAACGGGGGAGGUGGAGGUGGAGGUAGUGGUGGAGGAGAGGGUGGAGGUGUUGGUGAAAAUGGUGUGGGGUAUGGUCAUGGUAGUGGCUUUGGUGCUGGGGUAGGCGUCGGGCAUGAUGGAGGAGGAGGUGGUGGUGGCGGAGGAGGCGGUGGUGGUGGUUCAAGUAAUGGUGUAGGGUAUGGAGGAAUAGGUCAAGGUAGAGGGUUUAGUGCCGGCUUUGCUGUAGGUGGGGUUAAUGGAGAACAAGGGGGUAGGGGAGGAGGAGGUGGUGGUGGUGAAGGUGAAGGAGUUGGCAAUGAAGGACAAGGUCGUGGUAGUGGUUUUGGUACAGGUGGAGGAAUAGGAGGUGUAGGAGGAGGAGGUGGUGGUGGCGGUGGAGGUGAAGGUGGAGGAGUCGGCAACAAAGGGCAAGGUCAUGGUAGUGGUUAUGGUGAAGGGGGAGGAAUGGGAAUCAUGGGAGGAGGUGGAGGUGGGGGAGGUGAAGGUGGCGGAUUUGGGAAUGAAGGGCAAGGUCAUGGAAGUGGUUUUGGUGCAGGGGAAGGAGUAGGAGGCAUAGGAGGAGGUGGCGGUGGCGGUGGCGGUGGAGGUGAAGGUGGAGGUGUUGGAUAUGGAGGGAAAGGUUAUGGCAAAGGUUUUGGUGUUGGAGGAGGAAUGGGCGGCAUAGGUGGAGGUGGAGGUGGAGGUGAAGGGGGAGGAGUUGGCCAUGAAGGACAAAUUCAUGGCAGUGGUUAUGGUGCAGGUGGGGGAGUGGAAGGCACAGGAGGAGGCAGUGGUGGUGGAGGUGAAGGUGAAGGUGGAGGGGUUGGCAACGGAGGGCAAGGUCAUGGUAGUGGUUUUGGUGCAGGUGGAGGAGAGGGUGGCAUAGGAGGAGGUGGAGGUGGCGGUGGCGGUGGGGGUGAAGGUGGAGGAGCUAGCAACCAAGGGCAAGGUCAUGGUAGUGGUUUUGGUGUAGGUGAAGGAGUAGGAGGCAUUGGAGGAGGUGGCGGCGGUGGUGGUGGUGGUGGUGGUGGUGGUGGGGGAGGUGAUGGUGUUGGUAAUGAAGGACAAGGUCAUGGUAGCGGUUUUGGUGAAGGUGGAGGAGUAGGGAGUAUAGGAGGAGGUGGAGGUGGUGGUGGUGGUGAAGGUGGUGGUGUUGGCAAUGGAGGACAAGGUCAUGGUAGUGGUUUUGGUGCAGGUGCAGGUGUUGCAGCAGUCGGCAUGGGAGAAGGUAGUAGUGAAGGAGGAGGAAGAGGAGGUGGUGGUGGUGGUGGUGGGAAUGGAGGUAAAGGUUAUGGAAGUGGUUUUGGUGCAGGUGUUGGUACAGGUAUGAGUGGCAUGGGAGGAGGUGGUGGUGGUGGGAGUGGAGGUGGAGGUGGCAGUGAAGGGCAAGGUCAUGGUUAUGGUAGUGGUUACGGGGGAGGUGCGAGCAAUGGCGGCAUGGGAGGAGGAGGGGGAGGAGGAAGUGGUGGUGGUAAUGAAGGGUAUGGUCAUGGUAAUGGGUUUGGAGGUGGAACGGGAGAAAGAAGAGGCAUUGGAAUUGGAUUUGGCAUGGGCAUGGGGUUUGGAUUUGGCAUUGGAAGCAACCAAGCCACUGUCACCAAUCAACUUGGUGUGAAUGAUCCUUAG